CGCGCCGGCCAUUGCGCGCUCGUGUUUUGGUCCUAAAAAGAUGGCGGACUCUUGUUUUCAAGAUCGGUCACAUAGAAAUACGAUAGUUUUCAGAUAUCCAGCGAAAGUUGACAUGUUACGUGUACAAUAAUACUGAGUGGAUGAAAUUAUCGUUGCGACGAAUUUACUAGUGGGAUCGAAGAAGUUUCAUUGAGGUUCGUAAGCGACGUGAAAGCGGUGUCUUUAGCGUGCAUAUUAGGCGAACUCCGAAGCGAAGUGAUUUUCAGAAAUUUCGGUUGUUUUCUGUGCGAAACAGAGUUCGACGAAUUGGAAAACGUUAUAGGGAUAAAAAGGAUAAGAUGGUUUGAUCUGAAUGAACGUUCACGAGGUUUAAUAACCCGACGAUCGACAGCAGUGAUACUUACUUGGUUAGGUUGAUUGUCUGAGUAUAUAGACAUACCUAUGAUAGCAGAACAAAGUUCCACGUGUUCCUCUCGGUGGUUCACGUUAAAACGUGACGUUGGAUUAACCUUGUAAACAUCACGUUAAAUGUGUUAUUCCAAUCUAUAAUGGCGUCAAGUGAUUUUGAUGUGGAGCUCUUCGAACGAAGGCUUCACACAUUGAAAGAUUCGCAGGAGUCAAUACAAGGUCUUUCUGCUUGGUGUUUGGAGAGGAGACAGCACCAUAAGAAGAUUGUCGCUACCUGGUUGCAAGUUCUUAAGAAGGUAAAAGUUGAGCACCGCCUUACACUUUUUUAUCUGGCAAAUGAUGUUAUACAAUACUCCAAGAGAAAAAAUUUUGAAUUUGUGGAAUCCUGGGGUACAACUCUGCAACGAGCAACGACCAUGGUUAGAGAUGAGAAAGUGAAACAUCGUAUAUUAAGGAUUUUUAAAAUUUGGGAUCAGAGACAAGUGUAUGAUGAAGAAUUCCUGGCAGACCUAUCCGGAUUAAUUUCAGCAGCUCCAAAGAAGAAACUAGAACCCCAGCCAACAGUACCUCCAGAAGAAUUUCAAGCUGCUUUACUCAUUUCUACUAUGAGAUCAUGUGCUACACUAGAACAAGCAACUGAUGCUCGAUUAAGAGAUUUACGUGACAGCAAUAUAGAUAUAGAGAAUGCAGAAGAAUUGUGUGCUUCUUUGAAAGAUAGGAGAAGGGUUGAAGAUGCAGAAAAGGAAGUGGAUUUGGCAGUUAGAAAUGUUGAGAAUUAUGUACGUGCAUUGGAGGCAGAAAUUAGAGAAAGAACUCAAGUACUUGAGCUGUUAGAACAGGCUGAUCAAUUUUAUGAAACUCAAAGAGGUGAAGUGAAAAUAGUUACUAAUGCUUACAGAAAUUUUGGUAGUCGUGUAAAAAAUUUGAAGAAAAAAUUGGACGAGCUUUUACCAACAUUAGUUUCACCAAUUCCAUCACCAGACAUAAAUGCUCCAUCUCCAAGUCCUGAUAGUGAUAUAGAACUUCCAGGAGAAGAAAAUCAAUCUCAAAAUCAGUUGGGAGUUAUAGAUGUAGCACCACCAUCUAUGUAUGGUUCAUAUUCUCAUGAGUAUGAUCCAGUACCUGUACCAGCUCCAGAAAUGGGCCAAGGCAAUGAUUCUGGUGAUUUUACUAAUAAUUUUUCAUCUUUUAUGGGAGGAAAUGUGGAUUUUGGUAAUAUGCGAAACAUAUUUAAUGAAAGAUCGUUAACGCCUACUGGAAUGUCACAGCAGUAUAACGAAUCAUUGGAGGCUAAACCAAUAGAAGUAAUCAACAUGAGGCCCUCCAAAAAUGAAAGUAAUAGUGCAGAUUUUAAUAUCUCUAGUUUCUUAAAGACUGUUCUUCCUUCCUCUGAUGGAUCUCAAGAUCCUGGUGGUAUUCCUGGUCUUGGUUUAGAUAUUCCAGAAUCGCGAGUAGAAUCUCCACAGCGUUCAAAUUAUAGGCACUCGCCUAUACUAGGGCAGCAUUCAGUAACUCCUGUGAUCUCAAGAAUUAUGGGAAAUCAAAACACACCUAUUGGUGUGAAUAAUUGUCCUAUAACCCACAGUACUCCAUUACCUGUUCGAAACUUAUCCGGCGAGUCGCAUACUCCUUCACCGUAUUCCAGUCAAAACAGCCAGAGUAACAUUACUGUACCUUUUGAUGGCCCGACUAAUAAUAAUACUGUUAAUCCUUUACCACCUCCACCAUUACCUCCACCAAUUUUUCUCGACGAUGAAAACUGUUAUAAUAAGUUACCACCUAAGUUUCCAACGUGGACACCUACGAGUGAAACUAUGAAGGAACCAGCGAAAUGGGAGGAAAAGGAUUCCGUAAUAUUUCCAGGAAAAAAUAGCAUGAAUCCGACUUGGCCUGGUGAAUGCGACGAAAAAUCAAAAACCUGGAUAGAUGGUGAUAUGGAUAGAUGGGAUGCUAGUAACGAAACUACGUGGACUAACGCUGUUAGAGGGAAAAAUGAAAUUUUAUCUGAAACACCAGAGUCACCACCCAUGUAUGAGAAAGCUGGAUUUACAGAUCCAGUUGAAUACGAUGACUCUCAACCACAAGAAUCUCUUUUAAGUACUGCUGGAGAUGUAGAUCAUAGAGUAAUACCUAUCCCGAUAACGGUAGAGAAUCAAUUACCAUAUCGUUUGAUGAAAGCAGCGGAUGUUGAUCAUCGAAACUUGAUUAGUUUAACAGGAAGUCCGGCGAAUCAUAAUGUCAACGACAAUUCUAUGAAUGCGUUAGCUAACAGUAGCAACUUGUGGUCCACAGGCGAUCAAGAUUACCGGCAACACAUGCAACCAGGCGAUAUUGUGGAAAGCGUCGACAUGGAAAUGUCGGACGACGAGACUGACAGUAAGCCAAAGGGGAGGGUUUUAGUUGACGUUCGAUCACAAGACAGGGAUAUGAGAGUCGGUAAUCAAUCAGCGACUUCACAGCACAUGGACAUGGACAUGCGAAUGAUUCCGCUUCCCGCGGGUCAAAUGCCAGGAUCUCACGGACAAAUAAUGCAAGACGUGCACAUGAUGCAUUCAGGGCCUCUUCCUCCCCCACCUCCGCCACCGCAGUUUCACCCAGGCCAACCAUCAUUUCAUCAAGAUCAAACAGACUUUCGACACAAUCCCGCAGAAUUUCAUCCAGCUCAAUCAAAUUUUCAUCAAAACAGGCCACCGCCAAAUUUCAUCCAAAACCAGCAGGAUUUUCCACAAGAAUUCCAUCAAAUGCACCAAACUCAGUCAGAAUUUUCAAAGCAAGAGUUUGAGUAUCGUGAAAAUCACGCAUUACGACCUAAUCAGGAGUUCCUUGGUGAGCCACAAAUGCGUGGCAGGUAUUCCCAAUCAACGGAGCAUCAGCAUAGAGAUAUCGGUUUUCAUCGGAACGACCGAGGAGGUCGAGGUGGUCGUGGUUUUCCAAGGAACCGACGAGACAGAUAUUCGGAUGAUCACAAACAAAGGAACCUUCAAAACAGUCGCAAAUCCCGAUCGCAAGAACAACAUCAAAGAUCGUCCCCAGAAAUCCUACCAAAUAGUCGCCCUUUACUGGUACCAGCACCAGACACUGUUGUCAUUCUCGACGAAGAUGGUAUGCCCAUAGGACUGUCCAACGAAAACAAAGCGCCAACGAAUGCAGAGCAUCUUCCAGACACCGAACAAGAAGAAAACUGUCAAGAUCGUAGAUUACCACACGGCACACCAAACUCACGGAGCCUCGACCAGCAAUCUGUAUACUCAAGUGGUUCGAAUCUUCACGAACACGAGUCUGAACCUCCAAUUAUGGAGCCGGACGAACAACAAGUAAUGAACCAAGUGACUGUUGUACCCGUGAUAACGGAGCCUAAAGACUCGCAGCACAAUCAAUAUGUUCCUGUCUCAGAAUAUGAAGAGCACAUCGAACCAGAAGCUGUAAUCUCAGAGAAGACCUGUGACAGUAGCGAAUCUAUUGAAAAUACGGGUCAAGAAAUGAAUCUGCCCGAGCAGUCGCAACAGCAACAUAUACCAGAUCAAGUGGACGAUCUUGGAAAUUCAACACCAAGCAACGAAUUGAAGAGACCGUCGACGAAUGGUAGCUUCGACGAGAGCGAUGUUAGCUGUAGUAAAAAGAGGAUCGUGUCGAACGGGCCGCAGACACCGACAGAGUCUGACGCCGGUUUGAACGGGCCGAUACCACAGGCCUCGGCGGAGUCACAUCAAGGGAUGUACGACUUCGACGGUCCUGUUGGGCCGAACUUCCGACCGCGUCUCGGUGGUCCGGUUCCAUUUCCUCCUUGGAGGGGUGGUCCACCUCGGGGUAGGGGUUUCAGGGGUGGUCCAAGAGCUCCGUGGAUGGACAGGGGACCUCGUGGACCUGUGAUCGGUAACUUCAUGCCGAGGGGACUGAAACGCGGUGGACAAUUUAGGGGUAACGGCUUCAGAGGUCGGGGACGUGGUAACAAUUGGUAGAAAGUGCAUGAAUUCUCUCUAUUAAGAAGGAUAAAGAGGAAAACAAGAAGGAAAGAAACUUUCGCUGCAGUUUUUACCAAGGAAGGAAUAUACACCGUUUUUGAAAAAUAAGAAAGAACGAUCGUUUUUUUGUAUUCUGUACAUACGUAUUAAUUACUGCGUGAAAAAAAGAAACCCACUGUGGAAUCGUCACAUAGGGAGAUCGUUGUGUGUAUCUCUGGACGUACAGACGGGGGAAUGGGGUUAAGAGUUGGUGUGAUCCUAGACGAGGUGAUUUUCCUUGUCUUAGAUUCACACUUCUUUGUGCGAUUGAUUCGCCUAUAUACAUAUAUAAAUAAAACUACAUAGAUAAUAUAGAUAUAAAGGAUGUACACGUACAUAUAAACGCAUUCUCUCUCUAUCUCGUUUUCUUGCUCCGUCUCUUCAUGCUCUUUGAAGAAACUUGAUUCGAUUCUCAGAUACAUGUACACGCGUUUAUUACAAAGUACUAGAUGUAUUAUCGAAGCAGGACCAUCAACGUUACAUUGAUACAACCUUGUCGUUAGCACUUCUAAUCAGUGCUGAUACAAGUAUUGAUGGAACAAGGGACAUUAUACAAUGUAUACGGUUGUUGCUUCGGUAAUGGUCGAUAUUUUACCUCCUAGGAUUUUAUGUAAGACAAAAGAAACUUCUGUUUUACGUACAUAUGUGUUAUUACAAGUACAAGCAAGGUGAAAAAAGAAAGAAUAUUUAUAUGUCAGGUAAAAAUGAUUUUGCUUUAGCGUUGAUCCUUUUAGCCUUUAAAGGUGAAUGUUACGUGUCGAAACGAGGAAAGCAAAAAAGGAAGAAAAGGAGAGCAGCUCUAGGCCUUUAGAAUUCGUUUCACGGAUCGCUUCUCUUUAUUCACUUGCCUAUUAACCAGAAAUAAAACGCUAAUUGCCUGUUUUUCUCCGCCUGUCCACAUUUUUAAUCGUUUCAUCGAGGCUCGUUUAUAAACAGGCAUGUCAAAUGAAUCUUCAAAGUGUAUUAAUAAAAAUGCAAUGUUUAUGUUCUGGUCCACUUCGUACAUUUCCCCCACUUUUUUCACGAGUAAUAUACAUAAUACAUAAUAACAUGUGUUCAUUUCGUUUUUUUGCGAGGAGAGCUCGAAUUUGAAUGAAAGAAAAAAAACGAAAACGAAUGUUAUAUUGUAAAGACGAAUGCGCGAAAUACAAUAGAUAUAAGAGCAGGUCGUUAUUGAAUAUAUUACAAUCCAAUAUCUUACAAUCAUUUUUAUUUUGUUCUUGUUUUUCCUAUUGCGAAGGAACAAAGACGAUUGCACGAAAAAAAGAGAAAAGAAAAAAGAAAUGUGACGAACGAGUUCUGUUGACGAUGGUUCGUUUGCCUGACCAACCCGUUUUCUUUUCAUUUCGUUUCUUCUUUUUUCAUCCACUGCGUUGAAUGUUCUCGAGCGUUUCUCAUCUGUGACAAAAAAGGAAAAUAGAUAUGUCGAUGGAGUUUUUUUUUUUUUUACAAAGAAUUGUAAAACUAUGUGUGUGUAUAUAUAUAAAUAUGUAUAUAUAUAUAUAUACAUAUACGUAUUUACAUACAUACAUUGUGAUCGUAAAAACAUCGGUAGUUUCUUUAUUAGCUAACUGAAAGUUUCUUUUUAUGUAUCUUGAUUAUUCGUUUUACGAAUCUCAUCGCUCGAUUGUGGAUGUUUACGUAUUUACAUGUUUACGUAUUUGUGGGAAAUUUAUGGAUGCAAAAGUGUAAGAAAUGUGUAAAAAUAUAUAAAAUAUCCAAAGUAAGGUAUUUGUUACAAUAUUUAGUGAGUGAAACAAAUUUAGUUACAAUAUUUAAUGAAUGAAAGAAUUUUGAAUAAUUUGCAUAAAUAUUUAUAAUCUACUACUCUUCACAGAAAAGAAUUUUUGUGAAAAAUGAUAUUCUGAAACUCGGGUAGCAAGCAAACGAAUCAUUAUCUUGAAUAAAAACGAAAAAUACAUGUAGAUAUCGAUAGCGAAAUGCACAGGAAUUAAGUGUAGCAAGAUAAAUCCUUGGAAAACUAAUUGACUGUUUAAUAAAACAUUGCAAUUUACCGAGGACCUUGCCAGCACUCGACAAACCGUACUCCUGUUUAACGUACAUUGUAUUUUUUUCGUAUUUGUUUAAAGCAUUCCGUGAUAAAGAAGAAAGAGAAAUGAAAUUUCCGUAAAUGAAAAUAGAGAAAUUUAUUUUCUCUACUUAUAAUGGAAGAUAGUAGAGGAACUAAAGCGCGGCUUUCUAUUGCUUUCCUUUAAAGAUUCGUAAGUUCGAUCGCAAUAUUGUGAUUUUAUGUAGAUCCAUAGUUCUUUCACUCUUUUCCCUGUUUGAUCAAUUUUUUCUUUUAUUUUCUGUUAUCCUUAUUUUAAUUAAUUCACAUAUAUUAAUCAUUUUUGUUUUACCUUUUUUUUUAACAGACCUAAGGUACUUACGGACUUAUAGAUCAUUUUAUUUCAUAUCUUUAGAAACAAUGUUCUUUUACUUCUAUUUUUCACUUUUUAUUUUAGAAAUUCACGGACGAAGGUAUAUGAAUUAUUAUUUAUAGAUUACAAAAAUUUAUCUUUUCUUAUUACGACUCGUGAAGUUUAUAUUAUUUGACUAUCUGAAAUUUCUAUGGAUCUACCUCGAUUCGCCUACUAUCACAGAAAAUCGAUUUUUGGUUCUUCCUUACGUUAUCUGUGUUUUAUAAUUCAUGUGGCCUAAGACCUAAGAGAUAACUUACUCUUUUUCUGUUCAAACAUUUUUACUUAUUCUAACAUAUCGAAAUUUUUAAACUUUUAAAUAAUCUUCAAUAUACUUUAAAACGCUUUCAACAACUAUUUCAUCGAUUAUGAUGUUGCAAAUGAUAUGUGAGAAGCAAGUUCAUUGAUAUGUUACGAUAAAAAUGUUCUAUUUGGUAAAUAUAUACACUUAUUAGUCAAUGCGUGGAUUUAUGUAACGUUUCAACAAAAUUAUUAAUUAAGUAUGAAAAUGUCCAUUAUUCUUGGUAAAUGUAUUCCUUCCUUAAAUAAUGCAUGUGUAUGAUUAUGAUCUAUUAUUAAAAACCUAAAUUUCAUUGUUUGCGAAUACAUUUACUUAUAAAAUUGAUACAUGCACAAAUUGACUAGAUGUAUAAAUUUAUUAUAACGAAUAGUUUUAAUUUCUCACAUCAUGGAAAAUCUUCAAUAUCUCAAUUCUAUCGUUACGUUACUGGUUCUAUUGCUUCCUUUUGCAAGAGUUUUAAAGGGCGAACGCUGGUGAAUUUCAAAGAAUGUGGCGGGAUGUGUAUCGAUUUGUAUAUACCAGCGCGUGAUAGAUACGAAUAUAUAAUACUUGUAACACGAGCACGUACAAUGGCCUGAACAGAAUGUAUAAAAUACAUAUUGUACCGUUUUUAGCGUUAUAUCAUUACCUUUUUCUUCGCGCAUAAAGCAAAAGCAAGGAGGAAGAGAUAUGCCCAUUAACGGUCCUCUACUAUUUCACCACUCUCACCGCUUGCUUUCUCUUUCAAUUUUUUUCAACUUUUGUAAUCGAGUUACCGAGUGAAAAUUAAUAAAAAAUAUAAAUCGCGUGCAUAUGUAUCUCUGCUUGAAAUUUUAAGCCUGGUGAAUUGCGUUUCGCCACGAAAUUCGCAAUUUCCGCCCUUUGCGGUCUCCAUCUAUACAAUCGAUCCUAAAAUCAAUCAAUCUGACCGUUAAAACUGACAAUAAUUCUGUAAACCAUUUCUAUAAUUUUUUAAAUAUUCCUCUUUUAAAAGUAAUUAAAAUAAUCAUUCGUUUCGUCAGUAAAGUCUUAAAAAAAAAAAGAAAAAAUCGAAAUAUCGAUCGUUUGUACGGAUUGGAUUGCAAAGAGUGAAAUCUACUCGAAAUUUUACAAAGGAUCUUAUAAAAUAGAAUUCACUCAAAAUCUUAUGUAUCGGCGAAUGUGUAUACUGGAUAGGCUUGUUAUAAAUUAGAAUAAUGCAUAUAUAUAAAUGUAUAUAUACAUUGACAGAAAGUUUGAAAGGUAAUCUUGGCAGCUCGAGCAAUGUGUUUCGCGUGUCAUCGUUGCUACGUUAUUUGCUUACAAAGGAAUUCACAAAGUUGAAGAUAUAUCCUAAGCUGAAUUCUUUGUUCGCGAGGCUACAUAUUGUGGUAUCGAUUUUGGCUAGCGAUGCACGCGAUACACCAUGUGUGCGUGAUUUUGGUGUUCUACCAAUUCCUAGCAUGAACUUUCAUGUUGUUUUACUUAAAAUGAUUAAUACGCGCAAAUGUAUAUGUAUAUAUGUGUAUAUAUGAUAUUUUCGGUAAAGAGAAAAGCGCGAAAGUGAUUUAUGUAGCAAUGUAACACACGAACUGUUGGGAAUAUUUUUGCGAAGCAAAUGUGCAAAUAUAUCCCCGAUGAUCGCUCGUUUUGAAGAGGUGCAAUUUGUUUCUAGAUAAAACAACCCUUGAAUGAAACUCGAACGAUAAUAGACGAUUUAUACACCUCGACUUCCUCUUUCAUUUUUCUUAUAUCUAACGAUAUACAUACAAGUAUAAUUCUUUAUUUAAACAUACAUAAUUCCUUUAUUUCCUGAUUUUUCACGUUGAUAGCUCGCGAUAGCUGAUUUUAUGGCUUGCAAUUCUAACAACUUUUGUUUUUAUUUUCUUAAACCGAAUAAAUUGCAUGUUAAUACAAAAUUGGAUAGACUUUAGAGACGUACAAGUGGAUAAAAACUAGAAAGCUGUAACGCUGUAAUGAUAGUUUAGAAGUCGAGUCGUUUGUUAUUACGUUCCGGCAAGUAGCUGUAUCGGUCAAGUUUCAUUUGAGCGGUUUUAUCGCGAUAUCGAGAAACAGAGGCAACGUUAUAAAUGUGUGACAGUGAUGUUUGAGCAAUGUAUAUGUAUAUAGAGCAGAACGUAGAUUGAUCUUGCGUGUGCGUGCAAUGGAAAGUGCAAAUAAGUCUGUGGGUAAAGUGCCUUCACUCGAAGUAACGAAUUUCGCUUCAUUAAGCGGAAGUUUAUUACUGGUGUCUCGAUCAUUCAGUUUCACUUUCUCUUUAAAAUUGUUCGUUCGCCUGUCGAUAUAUAUAUACAUUCUUUUUUGUUGAUGAUUAAUUUAUUUAUUGAAUGUUAUCUUCUGACCUGAGAAUGCUCGAUAUUGAUUACAUAAUUCUUUUUACUCCUUAGUAUUUGUAUAUAAGUUCAUUGUACUGUUUAAGUUUAAAAAAGAAAAUGAAAGAAUCACCGAUAGGCGGAUAAACCGUGAAGAAAUGAGCAAAAAACCGGCUCUUUGUAGUUUUUCCACAUAGUAUUUCAAAACUUCUGAUACGGUAAGCGUAGUGGCAAUCGAUCUGAGGUUCUAUUAAUAAAUCAGACCGAUUAUCCCGGACGAUAAUCUCGCAAAGUAGGCUAUUGUUUAAUUAUUUAAUAAUAGAUCGUGAAUGAGUUUUAUAUUCUAACGUAAAACCGCAUUCUGCAUACCGUGUAUGCUGACAAUAUUUUUUGUACCUUGUCCAAACAAAAAUGGGGUCGAUUGUUUAUCGUGAUCGCCGUUUGUAAAAUCGUGAUUUCCUGUGAUCUCGUAAGAAUUUUCAGUUCCAAACUCCAGCGGGAAUAUUUUCUUCGUUGUAUUCUUUAAAAGAGACGAACAAGAAAGCAAAGCUGUAAAGCGAUAUAAAUAUAAUGUAUGUAUUAUAUAUUAUAUUUGUAUGUACAUAAUACAGUAUUAUAUUUAAGAUAUAUAGAUACUUAAAGAAUAUCGAAGUUCGAUGAGAUAUAUACAUAUAUAUAUAUUUGUAUUGCACAAUCAUUUUAUCGUUGUUGCCUUUAUAUUAAGGUACAAUAUAUUGAGAGAAACUGAAAAAAAGGAGAAACGAAAGUUCUUUUGCAACACGAGUUCGAUUGUUAUACGAUACAUGUUACGUUUCUUUAUUAGGAAACGAUAUAUCAUAAUAUUGUGAUGUGUAAACCCUGCAAUCCUAAGGGCUUCAUAGAAAUACCUUUGACUCUUUGGCUGACGCUUUUUAAGCAGCGCUUCCGGUCGUCGCAGCUCUGUUAUGUAAUUGACGGGAUUAAAUGCAAAGGAAAUGCAAGUUAUACCUUACCAAACAGUUCAGCGCUCAAACGACUAAAGCUAGAAGCAUACGUUCCAUUUUGGAAAUUUUCUACUGUGUUACCUAACGUACAGUGGCUCACGAAAGUAUUUUAACACUUACUAUACACUAUACAUAACUUAUAUGUUAGUUAUACGUACUGUAGAUGUGUUACAGGAGAUAUUUUAAAAUUUCAUUAGCGCUAUAAUGAGACACGAGUGCUAUGAUUACGUUGGAAAAAUUGGAAAUCAAUUUGAAAAUGUAUAUAUAAAUUACAAGAUAUUUGUUGUAAACAUACAUUUGAUAAAAAAUUAGUAUAUGUACAUUAUGAACAGGCAUCUUAAAUAUAAUAACUGUCAAAAACAAUCUAACUAAAUGAAUUUAAGACUUAAUAUAAUGGACAAUUGACUAAUACUUCUCUCAUUUCUUUAUAAAUGUGAAAUAUAUACUUGCACUAAAUGUCUCGUAGUUUUUAUAUACAUUUUAAGGUUUGUUUCAAAUUUUACCAAUACAUAUAAUCAUGGUAGUUGUGUUUCAAUAACAUAUACCAUCAUACAUAAUAUAUUAAUAAAAAUAUAUAGGAGGUUACUUUUGUGAUCAACUGUAUGUACAUAUGUAUAUUCUAUACUUCAUGGUAUACUUGCAACAAACUUCUCUUCAAAGUUUCAUACUUCCUUGCACCUUUGCAUUUAAUAUCAUCAAACUUUUGUAUCAAAUGUAAUUCUGUUGUUUCUAUGAAAUUUUUUAAUAGACACACUGAAAAGUUAUAUUACUAGUUUAUAUAAUGGUAAAAUUAGAGAAAGAAGUAUUCUUUUGUUUAAUUAUUGCGUGAAAAAUAUUACACCCUUCUUUGUCACGCCCUCUUUAGGAAAAAUUUCGUAAUCGAACCAUUCAAAUUCUCAGGGAUCUCGGUACAUGGAAUAUAGGUUAUUUAUGGUAUUGAGCGAUAAUGGUAGCGAACCAUAAUGAAGUUAUGCUAUAUAACAACAUUGUAUAGUGCAUAAAGAUAUAUUGGCAAUGUGUGUUGCGAUAAUCAAACGAUAUUAUGUCAUAAUUGGCUUACAUUCACACUACUUGUUCAUAUGGCAGAUUGCCAAACAUAGUUGCCAACCACAGUUGUCCGAAACGUUGUUUGCGAAUAUCACCUGCUGCUCAAGAACAAUUUUAUUUUUGAAACCUAAGGAUAGAAAAAUAUUUAUGACGUAAAAUUAUGAUGAAGUUAACGAUAAAUUCAAUUAAAAUUUUCUUAGGAUAAAAGAGAUAAAUUUCUAGUAUGUAACGUUACAUUGUGAAUGUCGCAGAGUGCGCUGACUUACAACGGUUUUAUCAUUGUCGGUAAAUCAGAUUCAUAUCAUUAGACUGCGGAUGUUUAUGCAAUUUGAUAUUUUUAUAAACAUAGUUAAAGAAGUCGUAUCUAAAUAGAAAUUUGUUUCAUCUGCUAAGUAUCAUAAUAAGUGCUUUAAAUAUCUUAUAUAUCUUUACAUAUUAUAUUCUAUAGAUUUUUCGAAUCUUAAAUUUGCAAAUCGCAGUCUAUACGUUAUGUAUUGACUUUUGUUUGAAAAAAGUACUACAACUGAUUAUUAAAAGUUUUAGAUCUGAUUUUUAAAUGUUUUUUGAAUGUUAAAAGCAGGAUUCGAAUAUUUGAAGGACCAACUGAUUUAUUAUUAAGAAUAACAUUUGAAUUUCGUAAAUGACUGUGAUAUAUUACUUUCGAUGAGUAUCAAGCUUAAAUAAAGGAAAUAUCUAUCUUA